AUGGUCGGCCUCAACAUGACCGGGCCCAUCGGCGACGAGCUGAACGCGCUGCGCCACCUCGAGGAGCUCCACCUGAGCGAGAACUUCCUCACGGGGCCCCUGCCGUUGCUCCGGGGUCCCGCGCGGCUCGCGGCGCUCCACCUCGACGGCAACGCGCUGACGGGCGGCGUCGUCGACGCGCUCGACGCGCUGCGCGCGCCGGACGCGCUGCGGCGCCUCGGCCUGAGCCGCAACGACCUCGACGGCCCGCUGCCGUCCGCGGCGCUGGCGCGGUUCGAAAACCUCGAGACGCUCGCGGUCGGCGGCAACCGGCUCGGUGGCCCCUUCCCCGCCGACGCCCUCGAGGACCUGGACCGCCUCGAGAACGUGUCGGCCUGGGGCAACGCCUUCACGGGCGACGCGGCCCGCGUCGUCGAGGACGCGCCGCCGGCGCUCCGGCGGCUGGACCUGAGCGCGAACGCCAUGCACGGCGACCUCGCGGACGUCGCGGGCAGCCGGCUCCAGGUGCUGCGCCUCGGCGGCAACCGGCUCACGGGCGACCUGCCGCCGCCGGCCGAGGUCAAGGACCUGCACCACGUCGACCUCCGGGCGCCGCCGGGCUUCGCCGGCGACCGGAGCCGCGCGUCCGCCUGCGCGCUCGAGCCCGCGUGCGGCGGCGCCGCGGCCGCGGGCCUCGCGCUCUUCCGCGACCUCGUCGACGCGCACCUCUGGCUCGGCGGCCGCGUCCAGCCCUGGCGCGAGCUCCUGGACCAGGACGAGACGCGGUCGGGCGCGCGGCUCAUCACGCGGAAGGACGACGACAAGAAGGGCGACGUCGACGCGCGGCUCGCGAGCCGGCGCGACAAGAUGCGCCGCGACCCCUCGCGCCAGGGCAAGCACGCCGCCGGCGCCGCGAAGAAAAAGUUCAAGCGCAAGGAGGACCGCAAGAAGGGCGACGACAAGAAGGACGCGGUCAAAGCGCUCCGCGCGAGCCGCCGCGCCGCGUUCGCGGACGUGCUCGCGGGCGUCGUCGCCGACAUCGACGAGGCCGAGGCGAACCGCACGGCGGAGGCGGCGCGGCUCGCGGAGGCGCUGGCGAACGCGACGGCGGCGAACGCGACGGCGGACGACGCGCCGGCGAAAGCGGGCGCCGACGAGCCCAAGCGGACGAAAGCGGCGAAGGCGGACGACGCGCUCAAGCGCGCGCGCGAGGACCGGCGGAAGCCGCGCGACCGGGGCGGCGGGGCUUCGGCGACGCUCCGGGCGGACGGCACGGCGGACCUCGACGCGGCCAAGGACCGCCUCGACGAACUCGAGCGGAUCCGGAGCGAGCGCCUCGCGCGCGACUCGGAGCGCUCCAACCGCGGGGACCGGUCGAACGAGCGGCGCCGGCGGCGCGAGGAGAUGGAGCGCAGGAACGCCGACCUCGACGCGCGCAUCAACGGGGGGAAGCGGCGGCCGAGGGGCGCGGGCGAGGCGGGGGCCGCGAAGGACGCGGCGAACGUGACGGCCGCGGCCGCGGCGGCGCCGACGGAGGAGCGGGUCGCGGGGGCAGCGGCGGCGGCGCCCGCCGAUGAAGGGGCGGUGCCCCUGGAGGAGGGCAAGGAGACGCCCGCGGAGGACAGGGCCGCGCCCGCGCCCGCGGAAGAGGCCGCGCCCGCGCCCGAAGAGGCCGCGCCCGCGCCCGCGGAAGAGGCCGCGCCCGCGCCGGAAGAGGCCGCGCCCGCGCCUGCUGAGGCCGCGACCCCGGCGCCGGAAGAGGCCGCGCCCGUGCCCGCCGAGGACGCGGUGGCGCCUGCGAAGGAGGCCGCGCCCGCGCCUGCUGAGGACGCGGUGGCGCCUGCGAAGGAGGCCGCGCCCGCGCCCGCCGAGGACGCGGUGGCGCCUGCGAAGGAGGCCGCGCCCGCGCCCGCCGAGGACGCGGUGGCGCCUGCGAAGGAGGCCGCGCCCGUGUCCGCUGAGAAGGAGGACGCGCCGCCCGCCGAAGGCUACGUCGUCAAGGGGACCAUCGACCUGGGCCUCGGCGGCGAACCGCCGUCGCCGCCGCCGCCGCCGCCGCCGCCGUCGCCGCCGGCGCCCCCGGCGCGGGACGAGCGCAUCUUCUCUCCGGCGCCGCCGUCCGCGGCGCCCGCGGCGCGGGAGGCGCCGCCGGUGUCCCCGGCCGCGGCGAAGCGCCUCGCCGACCUCGAGCAGGUCUUCGCCGCCGGCCUCGUCACCGAGGCCGAGAUGCGCGCGAAGCGCGACGCCAUCCUCGCGGACGCGGCCCCGGCCGGCGCGGCGCCGGCGCCGGCCGACGAGCCGGCGGACGCGCCGCCGCCGCCGGCGCCGGCCGACGACCUCGCCGCGAAGCUGCAGAAGCGCGCGGAGGCCAUCGCGGAGAUCCGCGCGCGCGCGAGGCAGAACACGGCGGCCGCGCCGCCCAUCGAGACGCCCACGUCGAAGAUCAACAUCAACACGGCGCAGGCGGCCCAGUACACGGACUGCCCGGGCAUGUACCCGACGAUCGCGUCGCGCAUCGUCGAGCACGUGCGCUACGAGGGCCGGUUCAAGAGCAUCGACGACCUGCUCAAGGCCGAGGACGUCACGAACGGCAACGAGAACAUCGUCAACAUCAUCAAGAAGAACGCGCCGCGCCUCGUGGUCUCUUAA